ACGAAGAAAAACCACCUUCGUAUUAUGCUUGCGCCAUUUCCUUCGUAUUAUGGGAAAUUUCUUCGUAAGACAUUAAGACAAGCAUGAAGAGUGCACGUUGUACUGAUAUUUUUUGUGUUAUGCUUUUUACAGGUAAAAUUUUCGUGACCUUCUACACUGGCACGGUUCUUCCGGCUUGCCGUUUCAACUCUAUACAGAGUCAGCCAAGUGUCACGGAGAAAGUGAACCAAGCCAAUGCGUCUCUCGACUACCAAGUGCUUUCUUUAGGAAACUGGACGAACUUCCAAGAGUGGCUGGAGGCAUUAAAUGAAGCGGGUCGCUCUGUAUUCUCAUCGUAGUGCCGCUCUGUGAUUUGGUUUUAGUUAGUUUGCUUCCGGUGCUGUGUCACUUGGUUUUAGGUAGUUUGCUUCCGGUGCUGUGUCACUUGGUUCUAGGUGGUUUUGCUUCUGGUGCUGUAGUUAGCUCCGCUUCCGCAUGUGUGUGUGUUGGGGACGGUGACUGCAUCGCGUCUUGCCAUCUGUCUGUCCUAACGCGGGCGUGUCAUGUGUUGCAGGCGCCGCGGUUUUCGGACAGGUCUCCGUCAAAGAGGACUCCAAGAUGGGCUGCUCUGGGGCGCAGGGCCCUGCUCUGCCGGCCGCGCCGUCUGCUGCAGCGAGCGAUCGGGUCGUCGGCUGGUGCAGCGUGGCAGGCUGCACGGAGGGCUUCUCGUCGUGGGAGAAGCACGUCAAGCAUCACCGGGCGUGCCACGUCAAGGAGCAGGACAGAGGAUCCUUCUGCUCCCUGUGCCUGGUGCAGGUCAUCAACUUUGAAGGCCACAUGUUGUCGCACAAUCAUCACAAAGUGGACUGCAGCCUCUGCUCGGCUAGCUUCGUGAACCAAGGCGCUCUCAGGAAGCACUGGACCCUCUUUCAUCGCCGGUCGCUGCCGGAAAUCCCGCCGGCAGCCCGGGCCGCUCCCACUGCCCCAGCCUGGAAGGCCUCGGAGGCACCGACAGCGGUCACCACCGUAUCCGGCACCAGUGCGAGGCUACCGGCGACGGUUACCACAGCAUGCGGCAUCGGUGCGAGGCUACCGGCGACGGUUACCACAGCAUGCGGCAUCGGUGCGAGGCUACCAGCGACGGUUACCACAGCAUGCGGCAUCGGUGCGAGGCUACCAGGCGACGGUUACCACAGCAUGCGGCACCAGUGCGAGGCUACCAGCGACGGUUACCACAGCAUGCGGCAUCGGUGCGAGGCUACCAGGCGACGGUUACCACAGCAUGCGGCAUCGGUGCGAGGCUACCAGCGACGGUUACCACAGCAUGCGGCAUCGGUGCGAGGCUACCGGCGACGGUUACCACAGCAUGCGGCUCUGGUGCGAGGUUACCAGCGACGGUUACCACAGUAUGCGGCAUCGGUGCGAGGCUACCAGCGACGGUUGCCACAGCAUGCAGGGACCAGGGGCGAGGCUACCGGCGACGGUUCCCACAGCAUGCGGCAUCGGUGCGAGGCUACCAGCGACGGUUACCACAGUAUGCGGCAUCGGUGCGAGGCUACCAGCGACGGUUACCACAGCAUGCGGCAUCGGUACGAGGCUACCAGCGACGGUUACCACAGCAUGCGGCAUCGGUGCGAGGCUACCAGCGACGGUUACCACAGUAUGUGGCAUCGGUGCGAGGCUACCAGCGACGGUUACCACAGCAUGUGGCAUCGGUGCGAGGCUACCGGCGACGGUCGCCACAGCAUCCGGCACCAGUGCGAGGCUACCAGCGACGGUUACCACCUCAUGCACCACCAGUGGGAGGCUACCGGCGACGGUUACCACAGCAUCCGGCACCAGUGCGAGGCUACCAGCAACGGUUACAAGACCACCGGUAGCAAUCCCAACAACCUCAAGUACCAACAUAAGACCACCAAAAGUGGUUCCGAAAGCUUUCAGUGCAAGUGGAAGGCCACCGACGGCAGUCACUUCGGCAUCGGGCACUAGUGCAAGACCACCAGCGGAGAUCACCACAGCAGCCGGCAUUACCACGAGACCACCAGGAACUUUUACUCCAGCAGCCAGCACUAGCGCGAGGCCACCGACGCCGGUUACAGCGGCAGCUCAACCGAAGGCAGUGAAACCGUCCUCCUCCUCUGUAGCCGACGCUCAGCUGGACGCCCCAGUGCUGGGCUGGUGCACAUUCCCAGGGUGCCCGGAAAAGUUCUACACGUGGCAACGCUACCUGGUACACUUCAAACUGCUCCACGACCCGCUGCUGUGCACGACUUGCGGAUGCACUCGCCACGUGGCGCCGCACGGGCAGCUCGACCUCAAGUGUCCUUCCUGUCCCGCCUGCUUCACGCACCGUAAGCGCCUGCUCCACCACAGGAAAAGCUUCCAUCGUGAGACGGAAGCACCUCUGCCGUCGGAGCACAGGAGGACGGUCCCUGAAGACAUCGCGGGCAACGUCUUGGUCAGCAUCACGGAGAACGUGAUCGGCUGGUGCACCUACCAACACUGCGGCCAGCCUUUCUCGAACUGGGAAGCCCACGUGGAGCACCAGAUGACGCAUCACUUUGAAGCCCAGCCCAACGUCGUGUGCCAUCUGUGCCUGGAGACGGAACCGUUCGGCGGAUUGCAGGACCACCUGGAGGCGCACCGCCGCAUGGGCGACACGCCCUGCCCGCUCUGCUCCGCCCGCUUCAUCGGCACCGUCACCAAGCAGCACCUCACCGACUUCCACCACGUGACGCCCUCGGGCAGAGUCCCCGCCGUGUUGGGCUGGUGCACUGCCAAUCACUGCACGGCGUCGUUCUGCACCUGGGAGGGCUUCGUCCACCACUUUAUCCGCCACCACAUCAAGACUGCAGACCCUCUUCGAGUGUGCCAGCUGUGCCUCAGCGCCCCGCUGCUGUCCGCUGAAGCCGCCAAGCGGCACACCCAGGACCACUUUGCGGCGGGCAGGCAGCACUUCGAGUGCCAGCUCUGUACAGCGCGAUUUUUCUCGGAGCGAUACCUGGCCCAACAUGUGAAAGAAUUUCACCGCAAGGCGUACUGAGGUUCGCCAUUGACUGAUCCUUUGAAGAAGAAUUUGUUUAUUUCGAUUUAUUUCCUGUCGAAUCCGACAUAGUUAUCCACCUGCGGUUAGAAGAGAGGACUUUUGAAACUUGUGCUAUCAUAUAGCAAAUCGGUCAACCUUGCUUUAUUUAUUGUCGAAUUCAAUAAAUCCUCGUUAAUAGUAUUCCCCUUUAAGUUAUGAUGAAGCAAUCUGUCAACCUUGCUUGAUUUUCAUUUUUUCAGUCCAUUUGACCACUGUAAACCUGAUGUGGUGAAAGGAUUUGCCUUUUGAAGUCUUGAUAGAGCAAAUUUAUCAACCCUGCUUCAUUUUGUGACAGAUUCUACAUUGUAAUCCUUUUGUCGUUUAUAGAAUUUUCCUUUGAAGUGAAGACAAAGUCAAUCUGUCAACCUUGCCUUCUUGUCAAAUUCAACAUUGUUCACAUUGUAAAGAGAAUUGCCUCAUUAAUGUGUUUGUUGUUUGUGUUAGUGGUACGGAAUGGAUUAUUAAAAUUAUCUAUUCAAAAUCA